GGUGUCUAUACCAUCCCUCCACUUGCCGCCACGCCACUCAUUGCCCAACGACAUUCUGGUGUGCUCGCAAUAGGACAGACAUGCCUCUCAAUUACUCAAAAUGGGACGCGCUCGAGCUCUCUGACGAUUCCGACAUCGAGGGACAUCCGAAUGUCGACAAGAAGUCUCUGGUACGAUGGAAACAGCGCGAUAUUCAUGAGAAGCGGGAGAUCCGGCGGCAGCGCAUCGCGCAGCUGAGCGCAGACGUUGCCUGCAAUGAUGUCCUCCAGCCGCGCCUGCAGACCAUCACAGACGAGGUCGCGGCGCAGGGCGCACCACGCUUCUCUGCACUCGUUGAACGCUUCAAGACGAACCCGUCGCCGGACAAGCCGCCCACGAACGCGCCCGAGCAGAAGACGUACGAUGCGAUGCUGCUUUCGCUCAUGCUGCAAAUCUGGGAGGAGGCGAAGGAGCAGGGCGUUGAGAAGGAUGACCCGCGGCUCGGGGAAGUGCUCGUGCAAGGGCUCAAGAAACACAUCGUGCAGAUGGGUGAGCACCAAGAGAAGCUCAAGACAGAGCUUGCGACGCUGGAGGAAGAGGCGCAUAAGAAGAUCACGAGCGAUGACUUGCAUGUUGGCUGGGAUUCGCAUUACGUUCCGCCCAUGCCCGCACCGCCGCCGGUCAAGGGUGCACAUAUCGAUUCGGAAAGAAGAAAGAAGAAAACGACUACUACCGAGUUCGAGGUGCUCAAUUCCGGAGGCGUCGCGGCUGCGCAAGCAGCAGAACCAUCCAGCAAACCAUCCGCCGCACCAGCUGCAGUCGCCGCGUCAGAAGAGGAGACCGAGCCCGAGGACGAGCUGCCCGAGAUGACACCUUCGUUAGAGGCGUUCUCCCGCCUCUCUUUACGAGGCUACGAGGAGUCGUGGGAGUUCAUCAAGCAGCACAGAGACGUCGUGGUCCCCGGAGCAUCGGACGCGUUGCUUGUCGCGGCGUUCACGGCGCAGAGUGAGGGCAAGCCGAAGUACGCGCAGCAGUGCGUGCAUCAAAGCCUGUUACUCCAGUACUGCGAGAAGCUGGGUGGUGAUGGUGUGCGGGUGUUCUUCAGAAAGAUGGUCGACCGAGACCCUCGUGCGACGGCCGUGUUCGAAAAGGACGUCGCAGAUACGUACGCACACCUCGUCGAGCGUGUGCGGAUCUCCAAGGCGGAGCAGGCUGCGUUCGGGCCCGGAACGGAGCAGAUCCAGCUCGUACCUGAGGAUCCGUCGCACACAAUUUCGUUCAACGUGCCGGAUGGUCCGCCGCCGGAGCACCUCACCGUUGAAGGUGAAGGUCUGGAGAACAUUAACAUUGAGGACGUGCGCCGCAUGUUACAACUACGCUGGGACGUGUUCCAAGGCUUCCCUGUGCCACUGCAAAAGGCGCUCAAGAAGAACAGCCUCGACGAGGUGAACAAGGUGCUUGGCGGGAUGAAGGUGAACGAGGCGGAGGAGGUCGUGAAGCUGUUGGACGUGGCGGGCAUUUUGAACUUCUCGGAGGGCGGGGUCAGGGAUGAGACGGGGAAGGCGAAGCAGAUGGACGGUGAGGAUGACGAAGAGGAAGAGGAGGCGGAGGCGGAUGAGACAUUGGCGGAGACAGCGGAGCAGGGGUGA